AUUGAUGUAGGUCCGAUGUUCUGGAAAGUCCCCGCGCCCAGGAACGUGACCUGGGUGACCCGAGCAACAAGCCAAUGGGAUCACUCGUUGUAUGUCACCCCUUCCCAUCAUUCAUUCAUGAUGGCGACCGAAAAUGAGCUCCCCGGUCAAGGCAUUCCAAGAAUAGUAUUUCCAAUCAGGGGAUUCUCAUCUUCAGGAUCAACUACUAUGGCUAAUAUGGCUACUACGGCAAACAUGUCAGGUGGCCAGCUACACCAGUCAAAUGCGUCCAUCGCACAACCAGUUCCGUCUUACUCUGGCCCGGUUAGCUCUCCUGGGCCAUACGGUGACCACCAUGCUGUACCCGUCAUGUCAUCCCCGCACCCCAGAACAGCACCACUGGGACCAUUUACAGCCACUGUUAUGUCUCAGACACAUCCUUAUACAUGUAUAUCUGGGAUGUAUGGCAAUCCUCUUCAGCCCAACGUAUCUCCAUUUCAACAUCCUGAUAUACCAUCACCGUCUAUGAAGCCUGCAACGAGUUCGUCUCAGCAAAUUGUAACUCUGUCCCAGGCAAACACAACUCCCACUCAGCAACUGCCAGUGACCAGUUCGAUGCUGCCUAUAAACACAUCCUUGCCAGUUAACAAUUCCCAUCAGUGCUCCAACACCAAUACUGUUAGCAGUACCCGUGGAGGUUCUAGCAGUCAUGAAGGUACAGGUGGCAACCACGCCAUUACUACGUGUAGUACACUACCUGCUGGUGAUGCUAGCCCAAGUACCAGCACCCCUUCUGUGACCAACAGCUUACCAUUUUCUAUUGCUCAGGCUGUUUCAAGCGCCUCAUCAGUUCCCAGUUCACCAUCCGGGAAAUCAAAAUCAAAAUCUACUCUGCCUUCUUCCUCAUUGCCAUCCUUAGAUGAGUUCACUGUGUCGAAACCCAUUAAUGAAAGACAAAAUUUCACAAACGAUGUUGCCAGACGGCUCUUUGAAGACGAGUUUAAAAAGUUCAGUGGUAUUACUGAGUUCAAGGCUUAUGUCACAGAACAGCAGAGGUGGCGCUGGGAAACUCACAACAACGUGACAACACUCGAAACACGCGUAAAGAAUUUGAUGUUCAAUCCCAACAGUGGUGUGGCCCAAAACGUCACCAGGUACAAGACAAUUCCAUCGAAUGCAAAGAGUGAAGAUGUAAAAAGGUGUGAGGCGACAGUAAAAGCCAUGGAUGCAAUGGCCAACCGAGUUGGAGCAUCAAGAACAGAGCUCUUGCACAGAAAGGGAAAUCUUCUGUCCAGGAACAUGAAUGUGGAACCAAUUCACAAUGAGUUCAAAUUUCUUGAGCAGUGCUUUUCUCGAGUUGACUAUAUGUACACAGAUCUUGUCACUGCAAGGGCCUGCAUGAACCAGACUCUAGCUCAUCUGAGACAGAACUUUACUCAAGAGUCGGCUGCGGCGGCCGAAGUUCGGAGGCUGAAGCGUCGCCGAAAGGAAAACCUACGCAAGAAACGGAAAAGAAAGGAACAGACUCUGGAGAAGAGAGCCUGUGAGAUACUCCUGAAGAUCACUCAGACAGGGGUCCUGGAGAGGGUAUGGAGUAAUCCUGAAGGUCAAAGGGUAUCUGCCAAUGAACUCUUACACAACCAACUGGAUGCACUUAAAUCGGUCAACGAUGUAGAGGCUCUCAAGUUGAUUAUUUCUAGGGGUUACCUGGACCCUACGGCUGUGGAAGUUGUGUCUCGGAAAAUGAUCCUCCUCCAGAAUGGUGUCAAAUAACCACUGACCCAUUGGGUGAGAGUGAUCAACAAAUUUCUUAACUAGAAACAAAAAUGAAUCUCUGCCUCUGUGUGGCACUAAAAAAACUCUUGUGUAUUUUGUAAAUUGAAAGUCUGUAUACUCCACUCAGUUGAAUGCAUAGCUGUAUACACUUUAGAUGAGUUUGGUAAAUGAGUUAGUUGCUUUAUAUUUAACUUUAAAUGUUUGUAUUACUUAAAUAAAUAGUAUCCAGUCAGAUUGUUAUUCUGUAGUUUUUUUUUUUUAAAGUAUUAAAUUAAUGAAAAGGAGGCCUGGAAAUAUGGCUUCUUUGUUUCAAGGGGCGAGGUAAACAAAAUUGAAUUUCCAUUAGACAAUUUUAAUGUCUAUGGAGAGAUUUCAAAGAUUCACCAAGGUCAAUACAUUGAAGACAAUUGUCUCAAUAAAAGUGGCGUUUAUUUUAAAGUGUUAUACGGUUACAAUUAUUGUUAACAUUAUUUGAAGCUACACUGUUGGGUUUAAAGAACGUAACCGAUUCCACUCUCAUAAGCUACACAGUUAGUUUGGUUGUCUAAAGCCAGUUGAUAGGAUCAGUGUCAAUGAUAGUUGAUCAAGUCUGCAUAGCUUUGUGGGUAUGGACGAUCUUAUGUGAGGUAGUGAGUUUGAGGAGCACAGCUCUUGGCAUUGAUCUAACGGCUAGUAAUCUUUAGGAAUAGGAAGUUUCGUCCAAGCCAGAGCGUAGACUGUUACGACUCUGCCAGGCUUUUCAAUACAUGUAAAUCGAAGCAUGAUAGGCCUUGAAUUCACAGUAGUUUCCCUCUUGAAAGGGACACUUUUAUCAGGAAAAUGUCAUUUUUAUUGGAAUUUGGCAAAGGAAGCUACAGCUAAAGCCCAGGGCACUACGGCAAUUGCUGUGGGUGCCAUGGGCUACUUUGAGGUCUACAUGUACCAUGGUAAGUUUAUCAUGUAAUGUGAAAGCUUGUGGCAAAACAUCCACUCUUGAUGACGAAUUUUGAGCGUGAUCAAAAUUUAUUUCUGCCACUUUCAAUGAAAAGGAAAGCUUGGGUUUCGCCAUGGCGAGUUUGUAAUUUGUAAGGCCUAUCGCAUCAAGAUGAAAAAAAUAGGAGGAAAAGAUUGUGUUAUGAAUUCUUCGUUUUACUCUUGCCAUGUCUGAGAUUUUAAUUAAGGUCAGUUUACAUUUUUUUUACAACUUUUGUGAAGGAAAGUAUCCAAACUGUGGUAGUAUUGAGAGAUAUGUACUGAUGGGAAUUGACUGUUAAUAACACAUUAAAAGAUGAUGUAAGUUUGUUUGUAUUCAUUAUGAAGUGGAAAAGACCACUCAAGUGGUAGGUUGUCAAGUUUUACAAAGUUUUCCAAAAGUUUGAAGGUUCUAAGCCAAAGUUGACCAUGGAUUGAAGCAAAUCUUUCAUCAAAGAAAAAUUGAGGACAAGUGUGUCAUCAAUGGUCUGUUAUUUGGCUUGCACCUAGAAUUCCACCACUAUUUACAUUUAUGAUAAAAUAAAAAUUAACUUAAAUUUUAUUGCAAACUUUGAAUUUUAUUUUGUGUGCAGAAGGAAUUGUAAAAUUAAAAAAAAAUUGGGAGAAAGAUUUCCUUAUACAUGUAUAAUCAAGCAUCGAUGAAUUGAAAAAGGACCAAGUGCCCGAGAGGUCAAAAUUAUUGUUUCUCCAGGACUGGGCAUCAACUAUAAUUUUAAAAAGUGAUGCAUUCCUUUACUUCAUUCAACAAAUUAGUUAGUCAAAAUGUGCCUCCUUAUACUGGAUGCACAUUGUAAACAAUUAUUAUUUUAAGAUAAUUAUUUAUCAAGCUACAUGUAGCUCUAGAGAGGGUCAAAGGUCAGAUUUUAGUUGACGAAUUGUGUAGGGAAAGUGUGACGUGAUAAUGCCUUUAACCCAAACUCCUAAGCUAGAGACCCUCCCCAACUGUACCCCCCAAAAAACAGCAAAACUUUAGGGGGAAAUGUGAACCCUACUGAUGCAGUGUUUGUGUCACACUUGGAUAACAUCAACACUAGGUACAUGUACGCUUAGCCUACUCCCAAGCAAGGGUUACUUCCCAAGCAAGGGUUACUUCCCAAGCAAGGGUUACUUCCCAAGCAAGGGUUACUUCCCAAGCAAGGGUUACUUCCCAAGCAAGGGACAAUUCCCAAGCAAGAGUCGCUUUGUCCUGGAAAAUGGUCAUUUGCCAGGGUAAGCAAUUCAAGUGUGAACAGGUAAACCAUAUUUACCUCCAACUUUCCUUGGGAAAUUUGUCUAGUUUAAGAAACCACCAAAUUGUUUUGACUUGAAUAAGAUUAGUACACUGGUGGUUACAAUUAUAAUGGACUGUAUUGUGGGUACUGCAGUGCACUAUCUUACAAAGUCGCAUGACUUUUCAGAUAGGAUUUUGGAGUUUAUGGGACCAUUAGGGUUAAGGUGAUGUAAUGUAAGUAUGUAUGAAAAGUGUUAUAAUUUUUUUAGUUAGACGUUUGUAGCUUGAAAUGAAGUGUAAAACACAGUAAUGUAAAUAAUUUAAAUAUUGAGCACUAUGUCAGUUUUAGGGUAUUUGAUUUGGCUUUAUAUAAACACCAUUUCCUAAGGAUUUUAACAUGUUGAAAUAUUAGAUGAUAAUGUUAUAAGUGUUGUCAUUAAUGCCGUAUUUUGUAUUUUAUUUCUUGACAAAAUAGACAACUUAAGGUUGUGCUUUGAAUAAGCUAUAUUGUAUUCCGUCUUUUGAAUUUUCUCUAUCACUGCUGUCCUUAUCCACAAAUUGGGAAAUUUACAUGAUAAAAAAUGCAUCAUAAAUUGAAAACCUAUCAAGUAAUAAACUUCGAGGGAAAUUGACAGGGUAAAUUAAAAAUAUUUUUGGGGGUUGAUCAAAUGUGGAUACAAGUUUACUAGAGCGGGAUUUGAGCCAUCGACCUCGGGGUAACAUGCCAGCGCUCUAUCAACUGAGCUAUCAAUCUAGCCCCAUGUUGGUAGUCUCCCUAUCUUUUUGGGGGGGGUGCCAGUGAGAAAGUACACAACUGUUAAAGGGGUCACACCCAAGUUUCUGGGAAGCAGCAGCCAGGUGAUCACCUUAUGGGGAUGCAACUCCGAAAACUUGAUAGAAGAUAGUAAUCUGCUCAAGACUGUAUCAAAUUUGAAGUAGUGAUGGCAGAUGCACCAUAUACGAUUAAUAUUAAAGAACGUCCAAUAAUAAAUUCUCACAGAGUGUUUGAUAGAGUCGUGCUCCUAAACAUACAAUUAUAUUAAUAGUAUUAAUAAUUAAAAUAAUAAUCUGAAACAAGGACCCAUUUCACGGAUUUUUGUAACAGUUUUCCCAAUUUAGUUUGUCCACUUGUUUUUUUAAAUAUAUUUAUUUUGUCACAAACUAGUUACUAAUCAGGAGACAAGCUCUGGCAAAACAUUUGAUUGAAACUGCUACAUAAAGAUUGUAUAACUUUUUUUUUAAUUGUUUGGCCGUUUUAUAUUCCCUUUGAUACAUUUUUCCCACCUGAAGGUUGCUGUGCAGUGCACAGGUUUUAAUUUUGAGUUGAUUAUGAUAAAAACUAAUGGUGCUACAGAUGGCCUCAAUUUCAAGAGCUUGUUUUAAUUCUAGCCCCCCUGUAGUGGUAUUUCGUUCAAUGUAGUUUUAUUCUAUUGUCCGUAGCAUGCGUGUUGUAUUGUACAAUCAUGAACAAAUUUUGUACAGAUUUUCACAAGAUAAUAUUGGUGUUUCAGGAAUACGUCUCUUUUUUUUCUGCAGUCGAGUCGAGUUUUAUCGGAUAGAAAAUUAUAUUUCGAAGUUUUUAUCUUUGUGGCCAUUCUAACUUUGUGGGGAAAAAAAAAUAUAGCUUUUGCAAACUCCUUACCAACCAAAAUGACACGUGCAUAUACAUGCAACAUGGAACAUUUUUGAAUGGCCUGAGGUAAUGACCAUAGAGGCGUCUUUCUCAGAGGCUGUGUUGGAAAGACUCUGUUAGGGUGGAAACAGCAGCCCAAUUUUGCACUCGCCUAUUUUGAUAAAAAUUCUGUCGUAUGUGGACUUGCAUGGGCAAACCAUUGAAACUCAAAUUAUGGAAACACAAUGAGUGUAUUGUCACAGAAAAAUUAUCACGAGGUGAAAUUUGGACUGAGGUGAAUCUUGAAGCACAAUGAGCAUCUCUGAGUAACAAAUACAUGUAUUACCAAGUGAUUAUAUUGUGCAACAAUGCCAUCAAAAUGCAUUCCAUACUUUGUUUUAUAUACCUCACACAGAUCCUUGUCAUUUAAAUUUGUUCACAAUAAACACAAAAUGGGCACAGAAACUUUUCCACCCCACACUCAGAAAAUUCUUUUGAAAAAUCCCCUAUACAAACAAUGUGGACAACUCUUUAAAAUAAAAAAUUUUAAAAAACAUUGCCUACCGUGAAGCAACUUUUCCUUUUGGACAAAUGGAUGGGAGUGAUUUUAUUUCUUGGAAUGACACUGAAUCAAUCAAUCAAUAAUUAUACAUAUUGGAUGGCGCCUGUCCAUUAUUAAUUGUUUGAGUCUCGAGGCAGUAAAAGUCCUUGGGCAAUAAUGGUCGAGACGUGUUCCACCACUAAAUGGCAGGGAUCUCUGUAUGUGGUUUUAAAACAGUUAAUUUAAAAACAAAAGUUUCAAUCAACUGGAUGUCAAUAUAAUCUCUACCAGUACGAGCUUGAAAAGUAGGGACGAACUGGUACAAACUUUUCCCCGAGGCUAAUUGUAAACAAUGAAGAUAUCAUUUGCAACUAAGUUGUACAUAUUUUAUGAUUUAGAUCUGUUUAUGUGAUUUGCCUGUCAACUGGGUUGACACUGAUUGAAAUCCUUGAGUUGUGAGGAAAUUUUCUUAAAAAGCUCGAGUUUUAAUGCGGCAAAUUGAACAUUUGUUCCCCACCAGUGUCUUAUUUUCAGAGUUUGUGUCAAAGAUGAAUGUAAUUACCACAUUUAAUAGGGGUUCUUAGGUGCGGUGAAACACUUGCGCAUAUUUGAAUAAUAAAGUGCACGAAUUUGUUUCCUUCAGAUGUAAAAGUAUCUUAAAGCGGAUACCUAAAGUUCCCUAAACUAUUUGAAGAAGUGAGAGACUUGCAUAAUGCAUUACCAACUAACCAAGUCUUAAAAAGACACUUCAAAUUCUCUGAAUUUCUACAUUAAAAAUAGGGGAAAAGGAGAAGGAAAAAACCUGGUGGAUACCUCUUUGGGUAAGAAAAUAAUUUUUUUUUUUUUUAACAUAAUUCCCAAAGAAUUUGCCACUGUUCCCUUAAAAGAGCCUUGCCUUUAAUCCAACACACGUUAGUGUUUUUGUCUCGGCAAAAAAACCCAGAAGUACACCAAACUUAGUGCUCGCUCGAUUUGGUUAAAAAUAAAUCUCACAAGUUUAGUUGAUGGAUAUCUGGAAUGUCUUGUGCAAGCCUUUGUUGUGAAUAAUAUAUUAUUUUUUACAAACACAUUGUACAGUGUAUUCGUCUAUUUGAAGUCUAAUCAUGUUCUUAUAGAUUUCUUCUGUACAAGCCUUAGUUGAAGAGUAUGUAAUUAUUUUCUCUCCUUUUUCUUCUUCUUUGUUUUCCAAAUGCAAGAGGUUCAAUAGAAUGUGUUUAAACGAUUAAAUGUGGUUCCUACGCAGCCUUGGAACAACUCAAUGAGAACCAAA